AUGGCUUCAAAUGCUGUGUCCGUAGAAAAACUGAAGGGACGAGAAAAUUUUGAUGUUUGGAAGAUUGCGGCCAAAUCAUAUUUGGUAAUCAGAGGAUUAUGGGAUUGCUUUGAGAAUGAACUGGACGCUGCAGCUACGCCUGUUCAAAUAGCAACUGAUCUGAAAGCGAAGUCUGAGCUUAUUUUGUUGCUUGAAACCCAAAACUAUUCGUACAUAGCGGAUGCUUUAUCAGCUAAAAGUGCAUGGGAUAGCCUCACAAAUGCGUUUGAAGAUACUGGUCUUAGUAGGAAGGUAGAUUUGCUGAAACAACUUGUUGAAUUGAAGUUGAACGAGUGUGAUUCCAUGGAAGACUACGUGAACAAGAUGGUUAUGACGUCAUUAAAGGUGAAAAAGGCUGGACUAAAAAUUGAUGACGAAGUUGUUGCGUCGUUGAUGUUGGCAGGGUUGCCUGCAGAUUAUAAACCCUUGGUUAUGGCUGUUGAAAACUCUACAAAAAUACUAACUUGUGAUGCUGUCAAGACUCUAUUAUUGCAAGAAGUUAAAUACAAUCCGAAAUCAACUGACAGCGCCAUGUUUUGUGAAACCAAAGUAUAA